AUUCCUUCCCCCCCCUGUUCUCCACGAGUUUCUCCUGGUCCGAUGAACUGCCGUGCCCUAUUCCCACCUCCUUAUUCCUCCUAUCCUCCCUUCUCGCUUCUUCGACUUAUCCUCUCAUGGACGAGACGGAGCUCGACGGCGACUCCUCGUCCGAUCCGUUCUUCGAUGCCCUCGACUCCUUCCCUCCCGAAGAAACGCUUGACCCCCCUCCCGCCCCCCCUCUCGAAUCCACCGCCGACCGCCCCGGUAACGAGAUCAACUCCCACGCCACCUCUUCCCUUCGCCGCCGCAGGCCGUCAUCCCGGCGGAUCGCCGCCGCGUGCUCCAAGGACUCCUCCACCUCCGAUCCCCCCUCGGGCAUCACCAGCAUCAGAGAAAGCCGGAGCAAGAUCCUCCUCGCGUUAAAAGAUCAGGAGACUCGGGAGAAGCCGGAUGAUUCGAGCUCUAUUCUUAAUCAGGAGACUCAGGAGAAGCCGGAUGAUUCGAGCUCUAUUCUUACUUCGGAUCAAAUUAGCACGGAAAGAGACCAGCGCCCGGAAAUUUCUGUUGGAUCGUCUGCGACGAGCGGUGCGCGUGUCGGAGAACCGCCGCCUGUCGAUGCCGGAUCUCAGCCUCAGGGCCUGCUGGUGACCAUUGCCGGUUUUGUGAUCAAAUCCGUGUUUUUCCAACUCGGUUUGCUGAUUAGUUCCAUCACGUUUCCUAUUCGGUUGCUACAUUGGUCUUUCUUGUUUCUGACCAAUCCUUUCGGCACCCUAAGACGGGCAAGAGAUGGGAUAAAAGGGAGGGUUUUGAGGGUAUGGAAGGAUUUAGUGGACAAAGUUAGCCUCUUGGUCUUCGGGAGCCUUGGGGGCCAGCAAGGGGUGGGGAAGUUGGCGGCGAGGUUGGCUUGGGGGUGCUUCUGGUCGUUCUAUGUCUGUCUGGUUCUGUUUGGGCUCUUGAUGGCGGCAUUCUUAGGUGGGAGCCUGUUCAUGGGCAGAGUUGUCGAGGAGCCGCUCCAGAUGACGGAGGAAUUGAAUUUUGAUUACACGAAGCCGACGCCGGAUGCUCUGGUGCCGGUGGGGUCUUGUAAUGGUGGUUUGGUUUCUGGUGGAAAGGCUGGAACGUGGAAGCCUAGGGGUUGGCGGUUGGUGCCUCCAAAUCACAAAUUACAGCUGACCAUUUCAUUGACUUUGCCGGAAUCCGAUUACAAUCGGAACCUUGGCAUGUUCCAGGUCAGGGCAGAGUUUCUCUCAGCAGAUGGCAAAGUCAUGGUUAGUUCACGCCAGCCAUGCAUGCUACGGUUCAAGAGCUCUCAUAUUCACUUAAUAGAGACUUUUCUCAAAAGUGGUUCUCUACUAGCAGGCUAUUCUUCGGAAUCGCAGGUUCUCAGAUUAAAAAUGAGAGGCUUUACAGAAGGAAGUGAACCUACUGUAUGCAUAAGGGUCAUUCUUGAACAAAGGGCAGAGUACAGGCCUGGUGCUGGUAUCCCUGAGAUUUAUGCUGCAUCUUUAAAACUCGAGUCAGAUCUUCCUCUUUUUAAGAGUUUGAUAUGGAACUGGAGGAGGACGGCAUAUAUCUGGAUCAGUAUGGGGUUAUUCAUCAUGGAGUUGCUGAUUUUUCUUGUCUGUUGUAGACCUAUUAUAGUUCCAAGAUCAAGGCCUGUCAGUGGUUCUUGAAGCAGGAUGUAGUAUACAAACUUUUAGAGCAACAUGGUUGCAAAAGAAGAGAGCACAUUUUCUGCAAGCAUAGCUUCCCAAUUUUGCGGCUGUCUGAAAUAAGAUAUAUUCUUCAGGUGUCUUCGGGUAGUAAUCAUUGUACACAAGUAUGCUGAGCAUUCAGCUGGUUUGAAUACUCAUGUCAGGUAUGUCAUGCACACUUCUGUAGGCCAUUGAGGGCAUAGAACUAUGGACACUACUCAGUUCAAAAGAUGACAUACAGCUACAGUACUUUAAAAUUGAGAUAGUUUCAAUAUGUUGAUUGUUUAAAAAUUAAGAAUGAGGAAGACUAACUGUUCUAUCUUAACUAUUGGCAGAGCAGGUAUGGCAUGUAGCUUUUGGUGCAGGAAAGCAGGAUUCCUAAGAAAUUUUGUACUGUCUUAAAAAAUCAGUAUGAGAAAAAUUAAGUGCUGCUUUUUUUUUAAAAAAGAAAAUAAUGAUUUGUAGGUUCAGAGUGGCAAUAUUACAUGAUACAGACUGAAUGUUUCUUGGUCUUUACCAUAAAUUUUCAUGAGCAUGAAGAGAGGUUUGCAAGUUCUCAGGCUGGGUGAAGUGCUAGUGCAGUAUGUUGGGUAGAAAAUAUUUCAGAGUUAACCAUUUUAACCAGGAAAAAAAUUAUUGAAAUGGAAGAGAGGUAAUAGUGCUAGGCACAUGUGAUUCUUAUAGUUGAUCCAAGAGGAGGAGCAUGUGAUGGACGGCUGUGAUCACAUUAGUCAUGAUUUUUGGAGUAGGUUUGAUAAUUUUGCUCCUGUUUCUAGUCCAUCUAAUUCUUUCUUUCUCUUAGAGAUUGAAUAUGAAUUGUGGCAUUUGCUAAUAAGAAUAAUGUUUUUGUGGAAGAAAAGUGAGGUGCAUGGCCUCACGAGCAAACUUCAUGACUGGACCUUUGCUUUAUAUGGUAUCACUGAUUAUGUUAUGCAAGUUAUUUCCGGCAUUUGCAUCCUUAAGCAGGGGCAUGAGAAUAGUUUGUGUUAAUUUAGAAAUUUCUUUUGCAGUGUAAUAUUAUGUCAAUGUAAAAAUAUUCUUUAUUAUUUUUCUUUUUUACUGUAGGCAUGCUCCUAUCAUGUCUCAUUGAACUUGAGCUGACCAAACUUACUCAAGCAGCAUUUUACCAUGAAAUCAGAAAACAAAUCAUGCUGCUUUUGCAAUUUCACGGUUGGCUUUUUUUAUAUAAUGAGCAAGUUUGAAACAAAAGGCUCUUUUCUGCAUUGCCAUUUGUAUUACCUACUUUUUAUGUUCCAGGUGGAUUUUUUUAAAGAUUGGUGGGGCUGCAUGAAACUUGGAGGCCGCAUUAUGUGGAUAAAUCGCUCUUUGUGAGGCAAGGGGUUUCACAUAGUUAUGCAUAAAGGUUUGUACUGAUUCGUGAUGGGAUACACAUCUUCCAUCAAGGUGCUCUUUCACUGUAGCUGUUUGGUUGUGUUAUCUUGCUAGUGAACAUAGGAUCUUGUGUCACUCCAAAUGGUCCUUACCCAGACUGUUCAUCCACUGUCUUGCCUAAAAGAUAAAUAAAUUGUUUUAUGGAUACUAAUGUAAUCCAUGCUUUUUUUGUAAUCCGACUUAGGUUUGGUCUUGAGUGAUGCUUGUAUUGCCGGGACAUUGGUGAAUAGGUUUUGGUGAAUGGUUUUGAUCUUCAAUGGAGAGGGUGUUAUCCAAGAUGGAGCAAAUGAUUUAAUGGAGGCCAAAUUCUAUUCUGCACUAAGGAGGAUGUGGAUCGUAUGGUUGAACUCAUUAAGCAGAAUGGGUCGCAACCAUGUAAUGCCACAUUCUUGUUUGUCUGGUCAAAUGCAUCUCAUAUUUGUUUGAUAGUGAUUUGGUAGCAACAUUAUUGCCACACUUGUUUCCAUCAAGCCUGCUGAUACAGAAUCUGAAGUGCUAUCCCUCGGUUGGUAAAUGAUUCCUGAGAGCUAAACACUUUCCUUGGUCCUCAUGUAAAAUUCUGCCAAUUUAAAAUACAAAUUUCUCAAGGGCUAAUGUGGUCAUCACUGAAAUUCGUCUAGCUGCAUUUGUGGGGUCUCUCUCUCUCUAAUUUAUAUGCUUAAGCUUUCUUUGGAAUGAGCAGGUGGCCAAUUGCUAUGCAAUAGCCUCUUCAGGCACAUCUGAUAAACUUGCAGUUGCUAUGCAUAGAAUGUUGAAUUCUACUAAAAAAAAAAAAUUUGUAAAGCAAGAAAAAGAAAAAUUCUGCCUUCCUGUUUGCACUACUGUUGAAUUAUAUGCUUCAUGCACAAUUUCAGUAAACAGCAACCUAGUGCUUGAAUGUUUUCAUAGAAUGAUGAACAACUCAUGGAGAGAGAACAUACAAAAUCUUCAGUGUCAUUGCAUCUAUGCCCAUUGCACCACUUGCAUUAUAAAGGUAAUUUUAAGAUUCCUGAAAUUACAAGACAAAGCCUCUUGUGAGACAAGUUCCAGACCAACUCAUAGAAGUUUGUUACUGGGAAUGCAUAUGGUUAUGUUCAAAUCUGAAACAGCCUCAGAAAGGUGCUCUUAUUUGUUUCUGUAUGUUUAUUUGUCAUGCGUUUCUCUAUUUUAAUUGGUGAAUAGAGACAUCAGACUACUUCUACACAGAAAAAAGGAGGCAUGGGGCUACAUAUGAUGAUCAGCAAGAGUAUGAAAGCUACAUACGAUCAUCCCUGAGUGUACCAUCAGAGGGAGGACUCUUUCUUACAGGUUCCUGGACCAAGAUACAAAAGCUACAUAUGAUGAUCUGCAAGAUACAAAAGCUCCGUACAACAAUCCUGCACAGGAUGAUCAGUAAUCUUUGUUAUUCUAUUGAUGGAUCUAGAUUUUGGAUUAUUGAAUGGAGGAUGGAAACCUUCUAUGCUCACAAAAUGCUUGAUGUAUAUUUUCUGAGGGCUGAGGAUGGAUGAUGCUUGCUCAUGUAUUUUUGUGAGCGCUUAGCACCCUCCUCUGCCACCAUUUUGGAUGAAGGCACCUUCCUAUGUGAUUAUACGUCAUACAUAUUUCGAUGUCAGUGUGUAAUUCUCAUCCUCACUCAUUUCUGCUGUUUGGAAUAAGCUGUUUUUGCAACUAAUUUUAUUAAUAAAAAUAGUUCUUUGCA